GGAAUCCAAUAUCCAAAUGCCACGUGUCCAGAUAAUGUGUCCUACGCCGCUUUAGCUGGACGCUUCGGUCCUUGAGAGAGCAUAAGUGAGAGAAAUUGGGAAUGUGUAAGCAGUUCCCGCUUUCUUCAGGGCUACGCUGACGCGAGAGCGCACUGGAUUCCGUACCAUCAAUUCCAGAUUCUUCCUUCAAUUCGAUUAAAGUCUCCAAUUCAGCUCAAUCGAGUUAUUAGGGUUUCUGAUGAGCUUGUUCUUUUGCUGAAUUAUCCGCCUUUGCUUGUCAACAAAACCCAGAAAAGAUGUCUUUGUAUCUUGGUAAUCUAUCAUCUCACAUUCGCAGAGAUGAUCUUGAACGUGUUUUCUGGAGGUUUGGGCGAUGUAAUAUACAGUUGAAAGAUGGAUAUGGCUUUGCAGUUUAUGACUUCCCUGCUAAUGCGGACAAAGCUAUGAGAGCAAUGAGAGGAAAGAACAUUUGUGGGGAGCGAAUAUCUCUAACAUGGUCGAAUAAACAGCCUAGAGGUUUUCAAAGAGGUGCAAGAUCAUAUGAGCUGCAACGUGGAAGGAUUUCUAACAGAAAAUUGGGUUCUAAAAGUCAACGAGGUUAUAAAGUGGGUGUUAAAAAACUAGAUAGGGAUGGAUAUAGGUCUGAUGCUGUUGAGAUGCUUGAUGAAGAGAGAAGCUACAAUCAAGACAAUAUCAAAGAUUAUGGAGAAGAAAAUCAUCACAAUGCUGGUGAAAAUUUGUCGUAUGAAGGUGGUAGCAUAGAGCCUGAUGCAGUGGACAAUGAUAGAUGGGGUCAGCAUGUUGGCAACCUGUCAAAUGGCAAUGGGCUUGAAAAUGGAAUGGAAUUUGACAGGUAUGAACCUUAUCAUGGUGAGGACAGGAGCAAUGAAGAUGACAAUAUUCAGAUGACCUAUUCUGGUGGCUCUCCUACUCUUAGAAGCACUCAAGAGAAAACAGGGAGAGAGCAGAUUGGUGAUGCAAUUUUGCUCCCAUCUAACAUUCCAAAACCCCAACUGGCAUGCUAUCAUUGUGGCAGACCAGGUCACAAAAUGCGGAACUGUCUGCAAGGAAAUGCUUCUCAGAAGAAGUUCUCCAGGUUUGAUCUUAAACGAAAUGAUGAAAUCAAUCUUAGAGGUAGUGGUGGAGGUGAGCUGCCAAGGACUGGUUCCAAGCCCCAUGAAAAGGGUCAUUCAGGUAGUAGAGAUACUAUAUCAUUGAGGUGGCAUACAAAUGAUAGGAAGGCAUCUGGUUCAGGAAAAUAUCGAAGGUUGAUAAGGAGUGGAAGUUCUGCUGCAAGAAAGGAAAGUCAUAGGACUCAGGGAAAGGAGUAUGGAGGAAAGAAGCAAAGCAGGAUGGAAACAGGAACUCCAAAAAGACAUAUCAAGAAAGCACGAACUUCAGUUUCACCUCCUAUGCCUUCCGAUUAUACCACAUCCAGAUCAUGUUCUCAUUCAAAAUCCUUGAAAUCUAUACCAGGGUGUAGUUCUCCUUCUAGAUCAAGAUCGGUUUCUUCGAAACAUUUUCUGUCUUCUAUUCCAAAAUCCAGUUCAACAUCACGGAAUUCUAGGUCUGGAUGUGCUAAGUCCAGGAGGUCAAGUUCUCCUACAUCCCUGUCUUUGUCUGUCUCACUUGGUAAGCCUUUGCUAUCCUCUCCAAAUAAGGUGGAGAGGAAGCUGAAUGGCUCUUCUGUUGAUGUCACUAAUCCUGAAUCCAAGGAGGUUUUGGCUGGGCAGGGACAACAGGUAGAAGGUGAUGCAGGGUCAGAGAAUUCUAAACAAGAAAAUACAAUGGCGGCAGUGGAAAAUGAAAAUGCAGUUUCAUUCAUCAAAAUGGAAGAUGAUAUGAACAAAAAUCAACCUCAGCAGAGGGAUGAUCAUGGAAACUGCAUCCCAUUGACAUCAAAUGAACUGAAAAAUCCAUGCACUGAGAAAGGUGCUUUUACUCCUACAAUUUUGUCUCCUGAGAGUCUGAGAGAAACUGCAGAACUUCAAAAUUCUGGUGCCUGGAUGAUGGAACAUCUGUUAGCACCAACCAAGAAGCCUGAUUCAGAAGCUAUGGCUGGUUCCUUUGCUGGUAAUUCAACAUGCAUAUCCUCGGAGGAGGUUUUCAAGAUUCUGAAAUACUAUGGCCUGGAACACUCAGAAGACAAUAAAAUGCAUUUACCUGUAGAGGAUUACUUUGGUUCUGCUCGCCUGUGGCCUUGGGAGAUCAUUUAUUACAGGAGGCUGAAAAAGGGUCCUAUUUCCACUGAGAACUAUGACAGGCGGAUUGCCCAGAAUAGAGAAUUUGGUAUUGUUGAUAAGUAUAUCAGAAGCAGCAGUGGCUGGGGAGAAUUGGUUCAAGACAACGUUUGAGUGGUUUUAUCAGUAGAUGUGUUUUGGUUCUUGUAGAACCCAAGCAUGUUUGAAUUCCUUUUGCUUGUUAGACUGCUUUUCUUGAACAUCACAUGAAAGUUCUCUAGCAGAGCUCUCAGGAUGAAGCUUUUACAGGUAAAUUCACAAAAUAUGUUCAAUUUUUUAAUCUUUAAUGCAACUAAAUUGCUGGAGUCUCUAUAACCUCAAUGAAAUUUUGUUUGGUAAA